AUGGCAGACUCAUCCUCAACCUCCUCCGGACCUAUCAAUUGCGGCCAAGGUGACUGCAGCCCCAAGGCUUGUUGGCAUAAUUGUGGGGAAGGCGAGUGUUGUGAUUGUGACCACCACCCAAAGUCCGACACUUCAGAAGGACAGAGAACUCCGAGCCUUGCCAGUGGGUAUCAACCGCUUCCCUCCCAAGAGUCCCUCCAGUCCGUCGACUCCGGAGGCCAAGGCCCGAGCCAGCCACGGAACAUUCCUAAGCAGCAGCAGUACCGCUCCGCAGAGCCUAUGAAAUAUGGCACUGGGGGGGAAGGCCAGGAUGAGACCCAUUCCGGGUCCGCUGCGCCCCACCAAGGCUAUGGUACCCUAGGUACCGGUACGGAAGACAUGAGAAUAGCCAGGCGAUAUCCAUCCGGUUUCACUUCCCAGGCCUCGACAUUCAACUCGCAGCAAGGAGCAAAUAUCAACGCUUACGAAACGUCCAAGGGAUACUACCGCAACGCUGCUGGACAGCUUUGCAAUGGCCAAGGCCAACCAAUCAAUGAAAUUACUUAUCAAACCCUCCUUCAGCCCGGCCCGUCCAGCAUACAGCAGUCCUCCACACCCUCUGAAGUUUCUGACAAAUCCUUCAAAACUGCGCCGUCACAUCGUUGUGGCUCGAGUGACGACGCCGCUUAA